CUUUGCCGCUUUCCCCCAUCAUAUUCAUGAUUUCUGAUAACUACGCUGAAACAAAAUGAUAUGCCUGCUAACUGGUUCAUGGUUACGACUGCGGUGCUGAUGCCCAUUGCUCCUCAGUCUUGCUAAUCUUGCUAAAGUUAGUCUGGCUGUCACCGAACUGAUGAAAGGUCUAUCUUUGUUUCUACUCUUCACCUGGUCGCUAAGCCUGGAGAUGCUAUAUCUUUGGAUUCCUGUGUAAGUAUCUUGGUGAUGGCUGCAGACACUGCUUGACUUUGGGCAUUGAGUCUUCUUGCCUUCGUCUCAGUUACAUUCCCACCGAAAAUGUAUAAAAGACAUGGAUGCCUGAGCUUCAUACCCCAGCUGUGCUCACCCAUCCAACUCUUCUCUAGACGCAGGUAGUCUAGAGCCAAGCAUACCACAAAACUUUUUUUUUUCUUCCACUUCUAUCUCGUCAUGUUCAACAAGUCCUCCAUCUUCCUCGUGGCCACAUUGGCUCUCAGCGCCACCACGGCUCUAGGCGCCAACACGAACGGCGCCCAAUCACGCUCUGUCGGCCGUCGUGGUGCUGAUCACAACUUGGACGCCCGUCAGGUUGCGGGAAUGCGUCUCCCACAGAGGCGUGCCGUCUCCACGUCUGAAAAGAAACGGCGUGCUGAGCUCGUGAAAGCCCUUCGCACCAUCGACAGCCGCUCUCUCGACGAAAUUCGUCGCGCUGUUAACGGUAUCUCCCGCCGUCAGGACUCUAGCUCGGAUACAGGCGAUGCGUCCGCUUCCGGUUCGUCAUCGGCCUCUACACCAAUGUCCACGGACGGUAUGGGUGGCGAUUCGGAUCCGGGCUCAGACGGUGCCGGUGGGGCAGCCUCUGCUGUCACUGGAGGUUCUGGAUCUGGCGGUGGUUUCGGUGGCAAACAUGGACAUGGACACGGAUGCUGCUGCUGUUGCGGUGGAGGAGGAGGUCAGAAGCAAAUGGAUAUGAGUGGUGGAUCCGGACCCGGUGGGGGAUCAGGUUCAACGGGGAUGGAUCCUGGAAGCUCGACCAGUUCAGCCGACGAUGGUUCAAGUGACGGGUCCGACGGUGGUUCAAGUGAUGGAGCUGACGAUGGUUCUGGUGACGGAUCUGACGGUAGUUCAAGCGAUGGGUCUGGCGCUGGUUCAGGCUCGACUGGCACUGGAUCGGGUGAUGGGUCUAGUGGUAACACCAAGAGAGCAACCUACGGGCGAUGGCUCGGUCGCCGAAGGCUGCAAGCCUUCCCCUGAAUCCAGAAUCGAUAGUUCUUUACGUCGAAAUAUGUAGUCCGUUAGUCUGUAUGUCCAAU